AUGGCUAAUUCUUUGACACGUGAUGCGUUCUAUCAGAUCAGUCAGCAACAGUCAACAGGAACUGGCAGUCUCCGUCUUCCUCGCAGCAUGCCACAGGUGUUACAGGGACAGCAAAUGCCUAGUCGCCUAAUAGCAGGUAUUCAACAACAAGAAGAACCACCUGUCGUCUCUGAAGCCCCUGCAACAAUCAGCUAUGCCUCAGCUGUAGGUCCUGGGCAUAGUACAGCACAGAUAACCUACAAUUCUCUGUCAGCUCCACCAGUGACCGGUACUACACUGGUACCUGUAACACAGCUACAGAUGCGUGCACAGGAAGAGAUGGCCUGUCCCAAGAAAGUACCACCUGAGUUGAUUCAGAAAUUCUUAUCUGGUGCCAAGAAUGCCUGCGCUGCAUUGAACGAGUUUGCUCAGAUGCGUAGAAUAAAACUGAAGUACGAGGAAAGUCCAGUCCUGGACUGCUCAGUUAUUGUGCCUAAGUUUGCUUUCACAUGCACCACGGAUGGUUUCAUACAUAAACAAGGAGUUGGAAGAACUAAGAAAGAGGCCAAAACAUUAGCAGCUAAGAUUGCUCUGACUACAUUGCUCGGUGUUGAUGAGGAUGUGGUUGAAAGCCAAAAAAGGGGCAAUGUCAUCUAUGAUUCAAUGGGCCGUGUUAUCACAUUACCAGACAGUGAUCCACACAGAUAUAUACCUCCUGAGGAAAAAGAUCCCAACAAAAUUCAACCAACUGGAAAAGGUGGACACUUCCAGCUGAAUGCUCCAUUACCAACAGCAUAUUCACAGAUCAAUAAGAAAUUUUUCCCCGAGAAAGGUUUGGAAGAUGACAAACUCAAAGUUAUUCCGGGUUUGCAUGUGGCUGCUGCUCAGACUAAACAAACACAUUCUGCUGUGAGUAAGUCGACGCAACCACCUUCAGGAGCAUAUCAACCACAGCCUCAGAAGAAACAAACACAUACUGCAGCAGCUGUGAGUAAGGUGACACAACCACCACCGGGAGCAUACCAACCACAGCCUGCAUACUCACAACCGGUGUCUUCAUGGAAGUCUGUUCAGCCCAGUGUCUCACAUGUCCCUAGUCCACCUUUAGAGACCCAUCAAAAAAUGAUGGUGGGUGUGAAAAAUCUCCAUAAACCGCUGGGAAUCGGAAGAGGACAUUUAUUAGGUCAGCAGUAUACAUUGGAUGAUUACUCGACUGAACUUCAACCUGGUGGGAAUGGAAGUGGUCAAGUCAUCUGUCUUGGGACCGGUUGUGGCAGUAUUGAUGGUAGAGCUAUUGUCAAUGAAGGCAGAUCAUUGGUAAAUUGCCAUGGUGUAGCAGUGGCAAGAAGAUCAUUUCAGAGAUUUCUGUACAGAGAGUUGAAAUUAUUCUACGAUGGUAACUUAUCUGAGAGUAUAUUUGAAUGCAUUUCUGGAAGUCGGUUACUAAGUAUUAAGAAGUCAGUCAGCUUUCAUCUUUAUCUCAACACAGCACCAUGUGGUGAUGCUGCAAGGUUUAUAUCAAUUGAUGCUUGCAGUGAGCCUAUUAGUGAUCUAGAAUUGGAGUUUAUGAUGAGUGGUACUCACUAUCCCAGUAUUAACUUGGGUAAUCAGCAAGGACAUCUAACUGUUAUAUCCAAUGACGGUCAAAUGUUAUCUUCUCUCAACAAAUUACAAACAUGGGAGUCUAUAACCCAAAGUGGAGUGAUGUAUAACAUGUCAUGCAGUGAUAAAUUAUUAAUGUGGAAUCUACUAGGAUUGCAAGGAUCUCUUCUCAGCUACUUCUUAGAACCUAUUUACUUGACAUCUAUUACAUUAGGUAACCAGUAUGAGCAUAGUCACAUGGCAAGAGCCAUGUGUUGUAGGUUGGAUGAUUCUAUAUCGGCACGGUUACCAGGGUUUAAAUUACAUCAUCCACUACUUGGACGAACCAGUCACGCUAUGCCUCUUUCCACCGCUAAUACCGACAUGGAUACAACUGUCAGUCUGAAUUGGUCACUAGGAGACAGUAAAUACGAGGUUAUCGACUGCAAAACUGGGAAAUGUACCAAUAGUUCUCCAUUCAGAGCUGGUGCCAGCGGAGCUAGUAGAUUAUGUAAAUUAGCUUUCUAUAGUCGAUUUUUGGAGCUUUGCACCAAAGCAAAUCGACAUGAUUUAUUGCAUGCAAGUACAUACCAACAGGCGAAGGCACUGUGCAAGUUCUACCAGUCAAGUAAAUCAGAUUUUUUUCACCAGUUGAAUAAGCAUGGUUAUGGAGAUUGGGUGGUUAAACCAGUUGAGAUCAAUUUCUUUUCUAAGUAAUAUUUUCUAUUAGAAGCUUUUCAGUUCAUGUAUAUCCUUCAAGUGGAGAAAUUGAUAUUCCACUUUAAGCCAAACUUUUUUUCUGAAGAUCUCAAUUUUCUGUUGACUAGGCUAUGCAGGUUGAUAAAGAUAAUAAAUUGACAUAUAUGCUACUGAAAAAGACGUGUACCAAAUCUAAUUAUUGCAACUUAAUUCACUUAUUUUAAACUUAACAUGUUUUACUACGCACAGAGCAUAUUGUUUGAUGUGCACAUGCAGACAGUUGUCAAAACUAAUUUGGAUCACUGAGUUUUGAUCUCAAGUUAUGAAUAAAGAUAAUCUUUGUAUGUUGCGACAAUCUUUAUUUCAACUUUCUCACAAAUAAAUAUUUUUAUUUUUUGCUGGUGAAAAAUCAAUGUGAUAUUUUUUAAGUGUUGUUUCUUCCAGACCAUCAUAUCAUAACGCCCCAACACUGAGGGCGACUGCAACUCACAUCUGAUUGAUAUCAUCCGUGAUCAAAUUAUUUUGAAAUGGCGCCCUUGGUGUUACAACCAUUCUGAGAAUUAUUCGAACAGUUACUUAGUAAGAUGGUUUGCAACUUUGUCAAACACUUCAGUUUUUUCUAAUCUGGACUUGAUGGUGCCAUCUCAUUGACACGCUCAGUUUAAAUCAUUCUAUUUUAUACUCGAUGAGGUAAAGCACAGUUUUUCAAAAGGAUGCGUGUUCAUUAGAAUAUAUUAACAUGUUAUUUUGAUAAUUUUUGAACAUACAAAAUAGAUAAACAAGAAGUUGUUGAAUAUGUACCGGUACACUAAAAUAGCAAAUCAUCAUGUUGAUCAACUUGGGGGAAAAAGUAAAUCUCACACAGCACGCCAUCUUGUCAAGAGGUGCAACUAAGUCUGAAACAAAGCAAAAACCCCCAGUGAUUUGCUAAAUUGCGAGCCAUCUUGCACAGACUGUCUGAAUAAUUCUCAGAACCGUUGUAAAAGUAAGUUUGUACCCAAAAUGUCAAUCAUGAAUGUAUGAACAAAAUU